AUGGAAACUCAUAAUUUACUACUCCUAUCGGUAGCGCUACUAGUCGUGGACUGCGCCUAUGGACAGCAACCGCCCGGUGCUCGUCAGCAGCGGACUAACAGCCCUAUUAUGCAGAUAAAGAAGUCGGUGGACAAGAAGUUGUGUUCCGACACCGACUAUACCCCGGAUAUUGUGGCCAAAAUCGAGGACUGCGACAAAUUUGACCCUCACUAUAAAANGACUAACAGCCCUAUUAUGCAGAUAAAGAAGUCGGUGGACAAGAAGUUGUGUUCCGACACCGACUAUACCCCGGAUAUUGUGGCCAAAAUCGAGGACUGCGACAAAUUUGACCCUCACUAUAAAAUUGAUAUGAUGUAUAAGGAGUGUCAGGAUCUGGUGCCUAAGGGUGAGCUCAGUUGGAAUGACAGGCGAAAAUAUAAUUGCAAGGUUCGCGAGUGUUAUGAUCGCAAGUUUGGGUCCAAGGAUUACAAUAAGACAUGGGAUGAGAUCCGCAAGUUAUCCGACGUUGAGAUCGAAAAGAGACAAAUGCAGAAAUUUGAGUGUCUGGAGAAAGCGUUGUAAAGCAAUAGACUAUUUUUGAACCACUUUUUCGUUUGUUUGUGUGUAUUAUUAAUUAUAUAAUUUUAUAAUAAAGCCAUUGAGAGUUGUACUGAUGAUAUAUAUUAUAAAUAAAAGUUUACAAAAAAAUAUAA